AUGCUCUUGCGAUGCGUACCUGAUACAGAGAAAUCUUUGCCGCAGCACGAAGCCGUAGUUCAUCCAAAGACUACAAUUCCAUACGUGACAGACAGAAUUCAGGAAAGCUUUAAAGUGUUCGAUUUAGACUUAAACAUCCACGAUGAUCUCCUGUUAUUACUUGUCUUGGUUUUGGUUUUCGUCUCACGGAUCUUGGUUCGCGCUUUAUGGCAUUUCCACUAUAAUAAGUGUAGGAAUUCAUGGGUACCUGGGAUCACUUGGACCAUUUCCACUCUGUGUUGUCUUCUUGACCUUUGCUCUGAGUGGUUGGUCGAACACGCAGAAUGUGCAGGAGAGGAGGGUUCCUCAAAUGCCCAACUCGAUUUGGACUUAACUCUGCGUCCGCCGGGACCAACAGCAGAGGAAAUAGAAAGGGAGCUUUCCUCUUUUCUUUCUUCCUUUGGAAAUAGGGGAGUGACCUCAAGUGUACUCCAAAAUACUAAGAUUAAGCUACAAUUGGAUGUCGCGUCCCCCGCGAAGCUUUUGAAGAUCCGGGAACUUCUGCGGGAUCUCCAAAGCAGACCGGUUCCUGCUUUCCAAGCGAGAGAUGCUUUAUUGAAAGCUCUCGCCCGACGGGAGAGGGACCAGACGCGUGAUCCAUGA